AAUUUGGCAGUUCAACUCUGGAUAUUAAAAAAAAUAGUUACCAUGGUCAAAACGAGCCGUCAAAUCAUGCUUGCUGGAAUGGAUCAGAAGCUGGAGCACGUCUCCGUGACUCUGUCGCGUGGUUUCUCCGCUCGCCUCCCGGGUCAGCGCGGCGUGGAAUUCCCAGUCGUGUGGCCGUCCUCUCCUCACAAACCGCCGGACUCCGGUACCACUGUAUUUGAUACUCCCAUCGGACCGGGAGAGGAUAUUUUCGGUGGGAGGGACCAAAGCAGAUCAGCGGAGGGAAGGCCAUGGAGGACGGAGGCCUGCGCGCGAGUAUUCUGGUCAAGGAUGAUGGAACAUGCCAUGGUGAAGAAUCACAGUCUCUACUGGAAGUAUCUCAACAGCCAGAGCUUAAAUGUAGAGGUUCUGACUGGAGAUCACCUGCAAUAAUUCUUGGACUUGAAUGCUUGGAGAGCAUGGCUUUCAAUGGCAUCGCCACAAACCUAGUUGUGUAUAUCCGCUCAGUUCUCCAUGGUGGCAUUGCCUCAAGUGCUUCAAUUGUUUCUCUUUGGUAUGGGACUAGCUUCUUUGUGCCUAUACUUGGAGCAGGCAUAGCAGAUGCUUACUGGGGAAAUUACAAGACUGUCUUGAUCUCCCUUGUUAUGUACCUACUUGGCAUGGUACUCAUUACAGUUGGAUCACUUAUACCUUCUGCUCCAGCCUUAUGCAACUUCAGCUCAUGCUCAUCAUCAAAAGUAACUGAGAAUCUAAUUUUCUUCUCGGGUUUGUAUCUAUCUGCUAUUGGUUGUGGAGGAGUAAGGUCCGCAUUGCUUCCACUUGGGGCAGAUCAAUUCAACAAUGAAAACAGUCUAGAUACGCAGAAGAGGAGGAAUUUCUUCAGUUCGUUUUAUAUCUGUGUCAUCUUUGGCGUGAUUACUUCUGGCACCAUAGUAGUCUGGGUUCAGGAAAAUGUGAGCUGGGCUAUAGGAUAUGGUAUUGCUACCACGUGCAUAGCUCUGGCUUUGGUAGGCUUUGUGGCUGGAACACCAAUAUUCCGGCUGCGUGAGCCUAGCGGUUCCCCAAUGAAGAGUGUUUUCCAGGUUACUUUUGCCGCUUUUAAGAACAUGAGCUUAGAAAUCCCUGCCGACAGCUCUCUUCUUUAUGAGGCCAGGAGCAAGAACACACACAAGAGAGUGCCGAGACUAGCUCAUACUAAUGAUUUCAGGUUCUUCGAUAAGGCAGCCGUUAUUUCUGAUCUUCCCUUGGACAACAGCAGUUGUCAAAGUUCAUGGAGGAUUUGUACUGUAACUCAAGUUGAGGAAUUGAAAAUACUAAUCCGAUUGCUUCCAAUUUGGGCAACUGGAAUAUUAUUUGCUGCUGCAAUCUCACAAAUGCACACUACCUUCAUUCAGCAGGGAACCGUGAUGGACACCAAGAUUUGUUCACUUUCCAUUCCACCAGCUUCCUUGUAUUCCUUUGAAGUGAUAUGUGUGACACUUUGGGUUCUUCUUAUGAACAAAGUCAUUGUACCAGCGACCAGGACAUUCUUCACAAGUGGAGCGGAGCUAACGCAGUUGCAGAGGAUCGGGAUUGGUCGUUUCAUAAUGAUCUUUGCCAUGGCAAUGGCUGCUCUUUUAGAAGCAAAGAGGCUAGAGAGCGUCCAGCAUGGCAAGCUAUUAAGCAUCGUGUGGCAGCUGCCGCAGUACUUCGUCAUCGCUGGGGCCGAAUGCUUCGUCAUCAUUGCUCAGCUAGAGUUCUUCCAUGGCCAGGCGCCGGACUCCAUGAAGAGCAUGUUAACGGCGUUUGCGUUGCUCACCACUGCUCUCGGCAACUACUUGAGCUCAGCUAUCAUCACCCUUGUUGCGGGGUUGACUAGGGAAUGGCAGAGCCCUGGAUGGAUACCUGAUGACCUGAACCAAGGGCACCUUGACUACUUCUACUGGUGUCUUACAGCCAUCUCAUCUGUAAAUUUCAUUGUCUAUAUCUAUUUUGCUAGUAAAUACAGAUUAAAGAAAAUUGUUAUCGAUGGCUAAAAUCCCUUUGUAACCACACCAAUUGUAAGUGUAUAUAACAUUUUCUAUAUCCAGAAAUUGGCUCAAGGUAUGUCCAGAAUGCUGUGUGUAUUGAUAAUGCCGUGAUGGCACCUUCAGAAAGAUGAUUUAAUAAAGUUCUAAAUGCCACCAA